AUGGCCAUGCAGUGUGAUGGUCUAGCUGCGAAGUGGGAGCAGGAUCAUGUCAUCCGACGCCGACUGCUAUCGGCGAACAAGCUGAUGCAACACCCUACAACGGAGACAUGGUGCCAGCCUAACCGUGAAAAUGCCAAGGCCAAUGCUUCUGUGAUCUUGCCUGCCCUGGAGAUGCUGAGUGGAGUUGAUAGCUAUCAUCUCCCCCACUUGCGUUUUCUUGAGGAUGAGCUUGGUAAGCUCUACUCGGCCAUGAGGCAGACUCCCGGGGGUAAAGUUAUCUACAAAGCCGCGAUUGAGAUCAAGAAGAUGUUGGGAUUCAUCAAAAGGCGUGUGAACCACCGUGAGGUCACCAAGGCCUUUCAUCCAUUGCUCACUCGAUCCGUCAAUUAA